AUGAGGUUCUCCGUCGCAUCUGGCCUUGCGUUUAUCGCGUCCCAGGUCACAGCGAACCCCGUACCAGCUGUAGAGGUGGCUUCAGUUCCUGCCUUGCCGACACAGUUGGAAUAUAUCAACUUCGAUGACAUCCCUUGGGCAAAUACAACGGACGAACAUGUGCCAUUAUCCAAGAGGACGGUAGGCGGGAUUUACAUCUGCACUGACUUCAACUGGGGCGGUACUUGCGGAUACAAGGUUCAGCCUUUGGGCGUCUGUAUCGUACUUACAUCCCCUUGGCUGAACUCGAUCUCGAGCAUCGGGCCCGAUCCAGGCACCCUCGUCCGGACAGAAUUGCGCUUCCGGCUGCUCAAAGACUGA